GCCUCCCGUCCCUCGUCUCGCCUCCCCACACGCGAGCCCAACACGCAAACGGAGCUGCCUCCUCCACACCCCCUUAUCCUCUCCUCCGGGCGAGCAAUCCUCGACGAACGAUGGCGUCGCUCACCACCACCACCGCCGCCGCGUCCUCCCCGGCCGCGCUGCCGGCGGCCUCGACCACCGCCCCGGCGUCGUCCGUGUCGCCGGCCGCCGCGGCCGCCAAGCGGCCUCACCUCGCCGGGGACGACGCGCCGUGGCGGGCCGCGGCGACCGGCGCCGCGGGGAUCCGCCCCGUCCCGCGCAUCCACCACGCCCCCGUCCUCCGCGUCGCGCAGGACGAUUAUUCCGCCUACGCCCUCGCCGUCAUGAAGCAUCCGGAUCCGAUAGGGGAGGGGUUGGCCAUGGAGGCUAUGGUGGAGGCGGCCGGGCCGGAGUGCAUCGUGCCCGGGCAGCAGGCGCCGCUGCGGCUGCUGGGCCUCAAGGUUUGGCCCCUUGAUAUAGAGAUGAAGUUCCUGGAGCCAUUUGGACGGGAACUACAUUCCAUGAAAAAGUUCAUGGACAAGUCAUGCAGCGUUAUGGACUCAUCUAUGUCAAAUAAGUAGGCGCAUGGCUGAUUAGUUCCCUCCAUUACUAGCCAAUGCUGUAUCCACGGCUCUUGCUGAAGUUACAGGACCAGAAAGGUACAAAACUUGAAGAGCCCAUGGAGAGAAACCACAUUCUUGCUUAUCUUGAGUCGCAUCACUUGAUGGAACAAGAUAUAGCGCCGAGAACACAGUAACGAUUAGCUAGUACUACUAUGUAUGGAUCCAGGGCUGCCUCCACCGAGUUAGUCUACGUGUUAUGCGUUUAUUGUAUUCAUGUAACGGUUGUGACUUGAGAAUAUAAUGCUGAGUUGCAAGGAAAACGAAGAAAAAAAAUCAUACAAAAUACCAUUCUUUUUGUUUCUGUAUUGGGUUAUU